CACACACACCCAGUGUCACUCUGACACACGCAGCAGGACUGAGUGGAGCUGUGAGUCCGGAGAGGACUGAUGUCAGACGAUGGGACGUCACGUGUUUCUGAACAGACUGUGUUAACUGAAGGAAACUGAAGCUUCUGGAGCAGCAAGAAUCAACCAAUCAGACGCUGCGAAGGUCACUGAAGGUCAGAGGUCAUCAUGCAGACUAUAAAGUGUGUGGUUGUGGGGGAUGGUGCUGUGGGGAAGACCUGCCUCCUCAUCUCUUACACCACUGGAGCUUUUCCCAAAGAGUACAUCCCAACGGUGUUUGACAACUACAGCAGCCAGGUGACGGUGGACGGCAGGACCAUCAGUCUGAACCUGUGGGACACGGCGGGUCAGGAGGAGUAUGACCGGCUGAGGACGCUGUCUUACCCGCAGACCAACAUCUUCAUCAUCUGCUUCUCCAUCUCCAGCCCGGCGUCGUACGAGAACAUCAAACACAAGUGGCAUCCAGAGGUGUCUCACCAUUGUCCCAGCGUUCCCAUCCUCCUGGUUGGCACAAAGAGCGACCUCCGAAACGACGCAGACAUUCAGAAGAAGCUGAAGGAGCAGAACCAGUCGCCCGUCACCCACCAGCAGGGCGCCGCCCUGGCCCGCCAGAUCCAAGCUGUCCGCUACCUGGAGUGUUCGGCCCUCAACCAGGACGGCAUAAAGGACGUGUUCGCAGAGGGUGUGAGGGCCUUCCUCAACCCGCAGCCCACCGUCACCAAGCGGCCCUGCGUGCUGCUGUAGGGCCGGGGCCUCCACCCCACACGACCCUGCGUGACCCAUGGGGCCCUGACGGGAGACGACGGGUUUGAGUCCAAAACUUGAGAAAACUGAGACUGAAAAUUGAAAAUGUCUAAUGUUUGGAAAAGUAUUUGUGAUCCAUGUUCGACUUCCAUAAAGCUGAAUUUAAUAAAGACGACAGAGUGGAAGUGUUUGUGAGCGGCUUCGCAGGAUGUUGUGUUCAGGAGCAGAAAGAGACCAUGUGACUCCAACACCGUCGAGCUUCAGGUGGUUUUGUCUCAGUUCAAGUAGGAAAAGAUAUUUGUGGUUUUGAUCUUCACUGAUGAAAAUGUUUGACACAAUUUCUAAAAAUUAAAUUAAGAGUUGA